AUGUUCUACAAGAGAUUCCACGUUCCCAUCAUCCCGUUCGCUCAGUGUAACGAUCUCAGUCACUAUGCAGGUCGCAUCCAUCUGCCGUCUAUGCUCUGCGCCGGCUACUCACAAGGCAUCAUUGACUCUUGCCAGGGUGAUUCUGGUGGACCACUGAUGUGCUCCAGCAUGGGUCGUUGGGAGCUUCAGGGCUUGGUUAGCUGGGGAAUCGGAUGCGGUCGACCAGGGCGACCUGGUGUGUAUUCGAAAGUCCAUGCAGCUUUGCCGUGGAUUCAGUCAGAGAUGAGCAAAUUGAGAGAUUAA